UGAAGCUUCCGCUAGUUAGCCUGCGGACUGCAGUGCGACUCUAAUGAAAAUCAAGUUUGUACUGAACGUAAUUGUGGCAGGGUUCCAAUAAAUGCCUAUUUUUGUUUGUUUCCUUUUGACCACGUAAAUCUGAGGGAGCUGCUGUAGAAAUAUGUGUAGCCAUUAAGAUUGUACACGUUACAAAUUACGACAUGGCGCUAACAUUAGCUAGCUAUCCUAGCUGCCCAUAGUAGCAUUUAAUAAAUGUUUUAAGCUGGCAAAAACCCAAGCUUACAAAAUCAGAAGAAGAAAAAAAACUUCUGAAGAAAUUUAAGAAAACAAGAAAAAAGCAUGUCAGACUCGGACAGUGAUGAGGACCAAGAUCGACCUUUUUCCAUUACUGGCUUCCUCUUUGGAAACAUCAAUGAAGAUGGACAGUUGGAGGAUGACAGCGUUCUGGAUAAUGAGUCCAAAAAACAUUUAGCUGGUUUGGGCACUCUGGGUCUGGGCUCACUCAUUACAGAGAUUACUGCUAAUGAGGAUGAUGAAAAGGAGGAAAACAGAGACUCUUCAAGUGUGGAUUCAGAGGGUUGGGUGAAAAGCACUGAAGAUGCCGUUGAUUAUUCUGACAUCAGUGAGGUUGCUGAGGAUGAGACUAAAAAGUACCAUCAGGCAAUGCGGUCUUUGCAGCCCAGCAGGAAAACAGAUGAUGAGGAUGACUAUGAUGCUGAUUGUGAGGAUAUUGACUCUAAGCUGAUGCCUCCUCCACCACCACCAAGUCUUCCAACAUCUGUAAAGAAAGAUGAACCCUCAACCCAGAGUCCAAAUGUUGGUGAAGAUGGUGAUGGAAUCAUUCUGCCCUCCAUCAUUGCACCAUCCUCUACUGCUGAUAAGGUUGAUUUCAGCAGCUCCUCAGACUCUGAAUCAGAAACUGACCGUCCGUGCCAGGGCUCCGGAGCUGGAGGUGCUCCAGACAGACUCAACCUCCCUCUUGCUGGCAUCAUGCAGAAAGAUGCUGCCAAAGCACUGCCAUGUGUCACAGAGCUCUUUCCAGAGUUUAGGCCCGGCAAGGUGCUUAGAUUCUUACGACUCUUUGGCCCUGGAAAGAACAUGCCAUCAGUUUGGAGAAGUGCCCGCAGAAAAAAGAAGCGCAAACACCGAGACCCUCAGCCUGGAACGCCUCCUCCAGAAGGAGAGACCUCAGAGCAGAGCAUGGAGAAGAAGUCUGGAUGGGUUUAUGAGUAUGCAGCUCCUCCACCUCCAGAGCAGUGUCUUUCUGAUGAUGAGAUCACCAUGAUGGCUCCAAUAGAAUCAAAGUUCUCACAGCCUUGUGGUGAUGGGGACAAGGAAGCCGAAUCUCGACCUAAAGUAGCAGAAUGGAGAUAUGGUCCAGCCCAGCUCUGGUACGACAUGCUCGGUGUCCCAGAGGAUGGAAGUUAUUUCAACUAUGGGUUCAAGCUCAAGGAAAAAGAACCCAAUGAGCUUCAGAAACAAGACACACCUAAAGAAAUAACAGAGCCUUCCCCAGAGGUUCAGAGUCAUGAAGAUAACCUUGAUGACAGUGGUGAUAAAGUUGAUGGAGUUGAAGACAAACUCGCUUUAGAGAAUGAGCUUUUCCUGAUGGUCACUCAACUGCAGUGGGAGGAUGAUAUUAUUUGGAAUGGAGAGGAUGUAAAACACAAGGGCACAAAGACUCAGCGGGCCAGCCUGGCAGGAUGGCUCCCCUCUAGCAUGACCCGCAAUGCCAAUGCUUAUAAUGCACAGCAAGGUCUGACAAGAAGUAAUUCCCUGCUGGUGCCACCAACACCUCCACCUAUUCCUAAGGCUUCUUCAAUUUCUGGCUCUAAGCGGGAAAAAAACAGCCACGAUAAUCAAACCUCUCAAGAAGACGACUGUCCCUGGUUCUCUAUUUUUCCCAUUGACAAUGAGGAGUUGGUGUAUGGUCGCUGGGAGGACAACAUUAUCUGGGAUGACCAGGAGAUGGAUCACUUACUCUCACCACCUGUUCUCACACUGGAUCCCAAUGACGAGAAUAUAAUUCUAGAAAUUCCUGAUGAAAAGGAGGAAACCACCUCCCACUCACCUUCAAAAGAAAAUAAGAAGGAAACUGCAAUCAAGAAGAGCCGUAUCCUGCUGGGGAAAACGGGAGUGAUAAAAGAUGAGCCGCAGCAGAACAUGUCCCAGCCUGAGGUAAAGGACCCCUGGAACCUUUCCAAUGAUGAAUUCUACUAUCCCAAGCAGCAGGGUCUGAGGGGAACCUUUGGUGGCAACAUCAUUCAGCACUCAAUCCCAGCACUUGAGCUGAGGCAGCCCUUCUUCCCCACUCACAUGGGACCCAUGAAGCUUCGCCAGUUCCACCGAGCGACUCUGAAGAAGUACUCAUUUGGAUCUUUAGCUCAGCCAGGUCCCCAUGCUGUUCAGCCGCUGCUCAAACACAUAAAGAAGAAGGCCAAGAUGCGAGAGCAAGAGCGGCAGGCAUCAGGAGGUGGAGACAUGUUCUUCAUGCGAACACCGCAGGACUUGACUGGCAAAGAUGGAGAUCUGAUCCUUGCAGAGUACAGUGAGGAGUACGCUCCUCUCAUCAUGCAAGUUGGCAUGGCUACCAAAAUCAAAAACUACUACAAGAGGAAACCUGGAAAAGAUCCUGGAGCACCCGACUGUAAAUAUGGAGAGACUGUGUACUGCCACACAUCCCCUUUCCUGGGUUCUCUGCAUCCUGGACAGCUGCUCCAGGCAUUUGAAAACAACCUCUUCCGUGCGCCAAUCUAUCUGCAUAAAAUGCCAGAAACAGAUUUCUUGGUCAUACGGACCCGUCAUGGUUACUACAUUAGAGAGCUAGUGGACAUUUUUGUUGUUGGUCAGGAGUGCCCCUUGUUUGAAGUUCCAGGGCCAAACUCUAAACGAGCAAAUACCCACAUCAGAGACUUCCUGCAGGUAUUUAUUUACCGCUUGUUCUGGAAGAGUAAGGAUCGCCCUCGGAGAAUCCGUAUGGAAGAUAUAAAGAAAGCUUUUCCCUCACACUCAGAGAGCAGCAUCAGAAAACGGCUCAAACUCUGUGCUGACUUCAAACGAACAGGGAUGGACUCCAACUGGUGGGUGUUGAAGCCUGACUUCAGACUGCCCACAGAAGAGGAAAUCAGAGCCAUGGUGUCUCCGGAGCAGUGCUGUGCUUACUACAGCAUGCUGGUGGCUGAGCAGAGGCUCAAGGAUGCUGGAUAUGGUGAGAAAUCUUUCUUUGCUCCAGAAGAGGAGAAUGAAGAGGACUUUCAAAUGAAGAUUGAUGAUGAGGUGCGAACAGCUCCUUGGAACACAACCAGAGCCUUCAUUUCUGCCAUGAAGGGCAAGUGCCUGUUGGAGGUUACAGGUGUGGCAGAUCCUACAGGCUGUGGGGAGGGUUUCUCUUAUGUGAAAGUGCCCAACAAGCCCACACAACAAAAGGAUGACAAAGAGCCUCAGCCUGUUAAGAAGACAGUUACAGGGACAGAUGCUGAUCUGAGGAGGCUCUCGCUUAAGAAUGCCAAGCAGCUGCUUCGCAAGUUUGGUGUUCCAGAGGAAGAGAUCAAGAAGCUCUCCCGCUGGGAGGUUAUUGACGUGGUGAGGACCAUGUCCACUGAGCAGGCGCGCUCAGGCGAAGGUCCCAUGAGCAAAUUUGCUAGAGGCUCUCGUUUCUCUGUUGCUGAACAUCAGGAGCGCUAUAAGGAGGAAUGCCAGAGAAUCUUUGACCUGCAGAACAAAGUGCUGGAGUCAACGGAGGUGCUCUCCACAGAUACAGACAGCAGUUCAGCAGAAGAUAGUGACUUUGAGGAGAUGGGUAAAAACAUUGAGAACAUGCUGCAGAACAAAAAGACCAGUUCCCAGCUUUCCCGCGAGAGGGAAGAGCAGGAGAGGAAGGAACUGCAGAGAAUGCUGAUGGGUGAGGAGAGCGAUCGAGACAACAAGGCACGCAAGGAGCGGCGCAAAGGCUUGUCCAGUUCCUUAUCCACCAGCUCUCACAAAGAUGAUGACACUUCUUCCGUCACGAGCCUAAACUCCUCAGCAGGACGCCGACUCAAGAUCUAUCGCACCUUUAGGGAUGAGGAUGGCAAGGAAUAUGUGCGAUGCGAGACAGUGCGUAAAGCUGCAGUCAUUGAUGCCUACACCAGAAUCAGAACCACCAAGGAUGAUGAAUUCAUACGAAAGUUUGCCCUCUUUGAUGAGCAGCACAGAGAAGAGAUGAGGAAAGAGCGCCGGCGUAUUCAAGAGCAGCUCAGGAGGUUGAAGAGAAACCAGGAGAAGGACAAGAUCAAGGGACCUCCAGAGAAGAAGGCCAAGAAGGUCAAAGAGAGACCAGACCUCAAGGUAAAACUGAAGUGCGGAGCAUGUGGAGCUAUUGGACACAUGAGAACCAACAAAUUCUGCCCACUGUACUAUCAAACCAACGCCCCACCCUCAAACCCAGUUGCCAUGACAGAGGAGCAGGAAGAGGAGCUGGAAAAAACUGUCAUCCACAAUGAUAACGAGGAGUUGAUCAAGGUGGAGGGUACCAAGAUUGUGCUGGGCAAGCAGCUCAUUGAAAGUGCUGAUGAGGUGCGCAGAAAGUCUUUGGUGCUCAAGUUCCCCAAGCAGCAGCUGCCACCAAAGAAGAAGAGACGUGUAGGCAGCGCAGUCCAUUGUGAUUAUCUCAAUAAACCACACAAGGCGAUCCACCGCAGACGCACUGACCCCAUGGUCACACUGUCUUCAGUGCUAGAAAGCAUCAUCAAUGAUAUGCGGGAUCACCCUAAUACGUACCCCUUCCACACACCCGUCAAUGCCAAGGUCGUGAAGGACUACUAUAAGAUAAUCACUCGGCCCAUGGACCUACAGACGCUAAGAGAGAAUGUACGCAAGCGGAUGUAUCCAUCGAGGGAGGAGUUCCGUGAAGCCGUUGAGCUUAUUGUUAAAAACAGUGCCACCUACAAUGGGGCAAAACAUCCCAUAACACAAGUGGCACAGUCCAUGCUGGACCUGUGUGAUGCUAAAUUGAAAGAGAAGGAGGACAGACUGGUGAGGCUGGAGAAAGCCAUCAAUCCCUUGCUGGAUGAUGAUGAUCAAGUGGCCUUCUCAUUCAUCUUGGACAACAUAGUAACCCAGAAAAUGAUGGUGGUUCCUGAUUCAUGGCCUUUCCAUCACCCUGUCAACAAAAAGUUUGUGCCAGAUUAUUAUAAGGUAAUCGUAAACCCCAUGGAUUUGGAGACCAUCCGGAAGAACAUCUCCAAACAUAAAUACCAGAAUCGGGAAGUUUUCCUCUCAGAUGUCAGUCUAAUCCACACCAACAGCAUCAAGUACAAUGGUCCAGACAGCCCUUACACCAAGACAGCCCUGGAUAUUGUUAAUGUGUGUAAGCAGACCUUGGCAGAGUACGAUGAGCAUUUGACACAGCUGGAGAAGGACAUCUCUACUGCUAAGGAGGCCGCUCUAGAUGCAGCAGACUUGGAAAGCCUGGACCCAAUGACACCUGGACCAUACACGCCUCAGCCUGCUGAUCUGUUUGACAGUGGGGCUUCAGGGAGUCUACCCAGAGAACCCAGCAGCCUUUUCUCUGAGGGACCUCUAGUGGUUGCUCCAGAGAAGAGAGGGGGGCAGGGACGACACAUCAGAAGACCUGGAGAGGAGGAAUCAGAUGUGGAUAUUGAGGGCUUUGAGGAGGAGGAUGAUGGCAAACCCAAAACUCCUGCUCCUGCAGAGGAUGCUGAAGGAGAUCUGGAGGACGAGGAUGAUGAAAUAGAGAUGUUGUUGCCACCUCGCAGGAGGCUGCAUGAUCAAGACGAUGAGGAUGAUGAAGAAGAUGAUGAUGGGGAACAUGGAAGAUCUAGUCACCCACCUCAAGCCAGCGUGCUGUAUCAGGAUUUGCUCAUGUCUGACGGAGAAGAUGAUGCCAGCGAAGAGGAGGGUGACAAUCCUUUCUCCUCCAUACAGCUGUCAGAGAGUGGCAGCGACUCUGACAGGGAGGUUGACAUGCGACCUGCACCACCACGGAGAGCUCAGGAGACGGCUCGCAUGGGCAUGGAGCAGGAUGAGAGCAUGUUGUCAUAUGAAGGAGACGGGCCUGAUGAGCCACAUAUGGAAGAUAGCAAUGUCAGUUACGGCAGCUAUGAUGAGACAGGAAGUCGGAGUCAGUUGCAGCCAUCCAGCAUGGGAAACGGAGAAGAAUAUGGCAUCAGCGAAGAGGAAGAGGAAGAUGAAGAAGAUGAAGCUCGGAGGAGAGGUCCAGCUGUGCUCUCCCAGGUCCAGCUCAGUGAAGAUGAGGAGAGUGAAGAGUUCAGAUCUAUUGGAGGAGACAGUGACAUGGACUCUGACAAUUAGUGUAAUUUUGUUAUUAUAUGUGCAGUUUCAUGAAAACAUUUUUAUCAUCCUACUUUUCAAAAUGGAAAAUUCUAAUUUCUUGAGUAAAUAUGUACAUAGGUUUUCUUGUAAAUGAUCAUUUUUUUUGCCUUCUGCAUCUUUUACACCUAAAAGAAAUAAAGCAGAUAAUUGUAAAUGUCACUGAUGUUUUUUUUAUGUAGAAUGAAUAUUCAUUGGAUCUCAA